AUGCUAUCAGUACCGAUGAACGAUGCGAUAGGAAGGCGAACGAUGAAGUGUGUGAUUGUGGUCAAACUGAGCCGACUUAUCAGCUUUUAUAUACGACGUCGAUGUUUCAUCGCGUUUUCUAUUAUAUCAAUUUUUCUUCUCAUCCUGCAAGGCAUACUAUUCAGUUCUUCGGAUAAACGGCCACAAGCAAAUGAUCGUAAGAUUUUGGAGAGCAAAAUAACUAAUAUUCUACACAUUGGUUCACUUCCUGCUGCUGCAAACAGGGCAGUAAGAGUUGAAAAUUUGUUAUUCGAUAAAAACAUAGCACAGUCAGUGACUGAUAGCAAUGAAAAAUUUGUUGCUGUGGUUUUGGUUAUGGCAGCGAAAAGGGAGCGUGCUAUCAGAAAUCAUUUAGAUCAAUUGAUAAAACUACGACCUUCUGCCGUUCAGUUUCCUAUUGUUAUCAGUCAAGACGGAGAUGAUCAGGCGGUAAUGGAAGCUAUUUCAUCUUUCACUAGUGAGGAAAAGAAAAUUACAUUUAUUCAUCACAAAGGACGAGCAGAACUUCCCAGUUAUUUGGAUUCUGGUUCCAAAAACUAUUUUCGUAUUGCACGUCAUUACAAAUGGGCUCUGGACGAAGUUUUUUUUAAAAUGAAAUAUGAGAUGGCGAUCAUCACUGAAGAUGAUCUUGACCUAGCGGAUGAUUUUUUUUCUUAUUUUGCGGCCUUAAAGCCAAUACUACUUGCUGAUGAAACAAUUUGGUGUAUUAGUGCAUGGAAUGAUAAUGGAGGUGCUAAUAUCACUGAUCGUAAGCACGGCGAGAAACUUUAUAGAACAGAUUUUUUCCCAGGAUUAGGAUGGAUGCUUACGGCUCAGUUAUGGAAUGAGUUAUCAGCAAAUUGGCCUGAAAUGUACUGGGAUGAUUGGAUGAGACGUCAAGAUGUACGCAAAGAAAGAGUUUGCAUUCGACCAGAAGUUUCAAGAACUUCUCAUAAUAAUGACUUAGCAGGGAAAGGUUCAAGCGGUGGAUUGUAUAAGAAAUAUCUGGCCUCUAUUCGUUUACCUGAAAUAGCAAUUGAUUUUUCGAAACUGGAUUUAAGCUAUUUAAUCAAAAGUAACUACGACAGUUUUUUAAAUCAAGAAAUCUCAGGUGCUGUUGUAUUAUCAACAGAUAGUUUUUUGAAUAAGACUUUUUCUGGAUCCGGGCCUUUCUUUGUUACAUAUAAAACGCCUAGGGAAUACCGACGCUUGGGAAAAUCUGUUGGAUUGAUGCUUGAUAUCAGAUCUGGUAUGCCACGAACAGCUUAUUACGGCAUUGUAACUUUCAUGUACUGUUCAGAACGUUUUUACGCAGUUCCAGAAAAGUUAAAUCUUUCGGCACCUAAUUUUGGUCUAAAACCUUCGUCUGACUACUAUAACGAAAAAUGGGACAAAAUGACUCGCUACCUCGAAUUUCAGGAAACGUAUUGCACGCCUACGAAGUAUAACGGAAAAUGCGAUCCGAAGGAUCCAGAUCUUAUUGCAUGGUUCGCGAAAAAAAGAUUAUCAAAGAGACUGAAGCACUGGGGUGAAAUGAUCAUCAAUUAA